ACACAACUGGACGUCGGGAGGAUUGUGUGGAAGAGACCCAAAGAGUUGGUCGACAUUCCGAACCUCAUCUACAGAGAGAAGUUAGGACCGGCACAAGAGGUGGAGUUCGUGGGCCACGGACCCAACCCAUGGUUUAUCGCCGCCUCCCUGGCCGUCGCCACUCACAAGAGCCUCAUAUUUAAGGUGAUCCCCAAAACCGAGAGUCACUUCUUGCGCGGGAUUUUGAAGUUUAAUUUCUGGCAUUUGGGUGAUUGGCUCAAAGUGGUGGUCGACGACAAACUGCCCACUUUUGAUGGACAACUGGUCUUCAGUCGGUGUCGUUCGCCACAAGUCUUUUGGGUGCCACUCCUCGAGAAGGCAUUAUAUCCAUCACGGGAUCUGUUUUGUGGACAUAUAUUCAUUUUGUAUUCAAUUGUUUCAUUCAAACCCAAGGCUUACGCAAAGCUUUACGGCUCUUAUGAAGUGAUGGCUUCUAAUGGGUGUUUGACUUACGCUCUCAUGGAUAUGACGGGCGCUACUGUCGAGACAAUUGCACUUCAAUGCGAUGGCAAAGAACGGGAACAGUUCCGAAUGAUUAGCGAAGAACUGGACAAACAUGCGAUCAUUUGUGUUAAAAGCAAAGAAUCCAUUCCUCAAAACACUUACGGAUUACUCGAUGACUGUAUUUAUGUCAUCAAAAAUAUCAAGAAACCUUUGGGCGGAAGUUUUCGCAAGACUUUCUCCAAAGACAGUUCCAGAGACAGCGCUUCCAUUCGUAUUAUGUGUACCAUUGCCUCCAACCACAAGAAGAAGAUUUCAAAUGAAGAUUUUUGCAAAUAUUUUGAGUCCAUAACUAUAUGCCGGACGUAUACCAGAGACCGGGAGAGCGCGGUCACCGGGAACUCGAGCUCUCAAUUCUGUUUCGAUGUGUUGGACGAAUGCACUGAAGUGAUGAUCGAUUUAAUGCAAAAGAAUUUCAAACAAUUCAUUGGUUUGGGAUUUAAUUUAUAUAAAGUAGAAGUGAAC